UUAAGAAGAAAAUAAAUUGUCACCUUAACCUAGUUUCAUCAACAUGAAAUUUCACAUUUCCAUAUUUUAUUUUCAGUAUCUGUAGACAUAAGAAUACUUUGAAUAUUAAGUGGCUUUUUGUUGUUGAAAAUGACCCGAUUUGCAAGAGCUAAAGGAUCGAAAGCAUCUAAUGAACGUGUUCCUGAACAGGCAACAUCAUGGGCAGAAAUGAAGGAACAGUUAAAUUUGAAAAAUAAGGAAAUUGAGGAUGCUAAGAAAAGAGAGGAAUUCAUGAAUCAAAGAAAUGCAAAUUAUAAAGCAUUUUUGGAUGAGAGGGCUCUAGAAAAUAAAAAGUCGGAGUGGUCAAUUUUUCCAAAUGCAAACAAGGGAAAAUCAAACAUGAGUAAUGGUGUUUCCAGCCAUAAGAAGAGGAAAAACUCUUUCAAUUCCAUGGAAUUCGAUGAUAUUUCCUCUAACGAUGAGACUUAUAAGGACCUAAAAUCUAAAGUCGACAGUGUUUUAAAUGUUACAGAAUUUCUUAAGGGUAAUAGUGAUUCUCCUGCUAAUGAGGGAAGUUGUAAAAAUAAGAAAAAAAAUAAAAACAAGAAAAUGAAAAGUUCGUUGAGUAAAGAUGAAAGUUGUCCCGAUAAAUCAAAAGAAAAUCAGAUUUUGUCAAAAGAUUUCAAACAUGAAAUGGAUAAAACAUUGGGUAACAAAAAAUUUGAAAACGAGAGUGACAGUGACGCUCCUCCAGAUGAAGAAAGCUCUAAAAAAGAAGUUCCGGCACCAAUUGUUAAAGAGAAAAAAAUUAAAAAGAAAAAGCUAAAAAUAUUGGUUGAUCAAAAAAUUAAAGAUGGGACAGUUAAAAAAGAUCAAGACUUCACUAAGAAAUCAGAAACUGAAAAUGUUAACAAGUCGAAAAAGAAGAAAAAGAGAAAGAUUGUUGAGGAAGAAAAUAAGGAUAACAAAAUUGAAAUAAAUGAAAAUGUUACCAAUGAACAGCCUUCAGAAAAAAAGAACUUGAAGAAAAAAGGUACAAAUUCCAGUCUUUCCAUUAGUAACCAGCCAGAAAAGAAAUCUAAAGAAAAUCUCACGGAACAAGUUUUGAAAAAAAUUGAAAAGAAGAAACAAAAGAGAAUUAAACAACUCGAAAAAAAGAAAAAAAUGAAGGAGCAACUGAAAAAAGAGAAAUUGUCAGCAGAACAAAGUGUUCCUGUGCAGGUACUUGAUUCUUCACCUUCAAAAGACCUAUCAAAAGAUGUACAUAAGAACAGAACAAGCAACUCAAAUGUUGCUAAAGACAAUAAUAAUUUCAGAGACCCAACAAAAUUCAAUAAAGCUGAGAAACGACCACCAAAGAUAAGAGAUAGAGAAGAACAUAAAAGAAAAAAACCAUAUCUGCCCCAUAAAAUGUUUAUAAAUGGUAAAGAAGUAGAAGUUGAUUACGUUGACGGAUUCCCUGUUAAAAAAGAAGAUGCUGAUAGGUUAAAGAAAUUACGGAAAGACAUGAUAGCUAAAGGUUUGCCGGGAAGUGAAAUCAAGAUCUCUCUUAAGCUGGAACGUAGAAAGGCAGAAAAGGCAUUUGCUAGAGAAAAGAAAAAGGUCUGUUUCAACUGCAGGAAGUCGGGCCACAAUCUGUCUGAAUGUCCGGAAGUAGGUAAAAGUGAACUAUCCCAAAACUUGGCUAGUGGAAUUUGUUUCAAAUGUGGAUCAACAGAACACACUCAUUUCGAAUGUAAAGUGGUUAAAGGACAACAAUUCAACUAUGCUCAGUGUUUCAUAUGCAAUGAACAAGGGCAUAUAUCAAGGCAGUGUCCUGACAAUACAAGAGGCCUCUAUCCCAAAGGUGGUUCUUGCAAUGUAUGUGGAGACGUGACGCAUUUGAAGAGAGAUUGUCCUCAGUAUCAAGCUCAACAACAGAGGCAUGAAAGUAGUAUACAGAUAGAAACAUUCGGAGAUGGUAAUCCUGACGUACUUGACCAAAAUAGUGCAGUUUCCAAGUUCCCUGUGAAUAGAAAGCAAAAUAAAAUUAUAAAAUUCUAAAAAGUUUA